AUGGUUUUCUAUGCAUAUGUAAAACAGGUCACAGACAACUCGACCUAUCGAUAUGUGAUCAUCUUCGCUAGCCGCGCAGUUGCCGAUGAGUGGUGGCGUGCCGUGUCCACUUCCACUGUCUCUAGCUUCGUGAACAGUGUUCAGCGUGUCAAUGCCCAGUUCUACACCCAUAACGUGAACCUGGCCAAUGCCGUUAACUCCCUCACCACGAAUGGGGUUGCGACCCAAUUCCUUGGCAAGGUGUUUUUCACUUUGCUGAACGACUUGGCAUCAGUGAACCGGUGA